AUGUGCCCUCGUUCGGCCCCAUGCAGUGACGAGCAGGAGAAGCUGUGGGUGUGGAAGUUCAACGACAACGACAUGUUCCUGGACAUGGAUGAACUGGUGGUGGUGGGUCUGAAGAGUCGUGGAGCAGCAGGAGCAGGAGGGAGCCAUCACAAUGCAACGCCUUGGCAACCCUUUGCUCUCCCCCGCUUGCAUACCUGCCCUGCCCCUCUGUUCCAUCAUAUCAUAUUCAAGGUGGUGGUGAGUCUGCAGAAGAGUCGCCCCCUACCUGUGGAGCAGGAGGAGGGAGCCAUCUCAAUGCAUCAGUGCCAUGCCAACCUUAUUCGGUUCAAGGUGGUGAGUGUGAAGUAUCCCUCACUGCCCGUGGAGCAGGAGAAGGGAGCCACUGCAAUGGCAGGAGAAGGGAGCCACUGCAACGCCUGGGCAACACUUAGCUGCCCUUCACUUCCAUACUUGCACUCUCUUCCGCAUCCCGUUCUCCCCCCACCCACCCCCACCCUGCCCCAACCCAGAUCCGAUUUGGUUAAGGUGGUGGUGAGUGUCAAGUAUCCCGCACUGCCAGUAGAGCAGGAUAAGGGAGCCACUGCAACGCCUUCUCUCCCCCACUUCCAUACGUGCCCUCUCUCCCCCCUCUCGUUUCUUCUCCCUUUCCUCAUACCAGAUCCGAUCCGGUUCAAGGUGGUGAGUGUGAAGUAUCCCCCACUGCCCGUGGAGCAGGAUAAGGGGGAGCUACUGCACUGCCAUGUCAACCCAUUUACCCUUUCCCACUUCCAUACCUGCCCGACCCCUCUGUUCCACCAGAUCCGGUUCAACGUGGUGAGUGUCAAGUAUCCCCCCCUGCCAGUGGAGCAGGAGGGGGAGCUACUGCAAUGCCUGGGCAAUUCUUUGCUCCCCUCCACUUCCACACUUGCCCUCUCUGCCCCCUCUCGUUCUCCAUAA